AUGUUUGAUUUGACUUCAAAUUCCUAUCGAUCGGUUGCCUACAAUUGGCUGUCAGACAUGCUGACGAUACUCACGCUGAUUUUUGUGUGUUCUACGUGUGUUCUAAGUGUGUUUGGACAGAAACGGCCCUACCUCGUUAACCUGAUCGAAAAGUUUAAGGCGAUGAAUGAGUGUGAGUUCAGGAAGAGGAUAACCUCAAGUGAUGAAAUGGACGAUCUGCUGAUCGACGUCUCAGACAUAUCCAAGCCACCAGAAUUCAAGGAUGGCCUUAUCUGCUUCACUGGCAGCCAGCUCAGACAGAAGUCUGCCAUUGAGGAAUCGCCAGCAAUUUGCGUGGAGUGCUACGGUUCGCUUCUAGGAAAAAAGGAGUUUUCAGUCGACGUCCAACCAUGUGGAUUCGAACUCGGCAUUGGAGAUGUGCUGACAGUCAGCGCGUCCUCCAGUCGAAAAUUCUGA